AGCUUUUGAUGAGAGUUUUUAAGACUUAAUGAAAACUAAUGUUUUAUUUAUUUAUUUCAGACCUAAUUGAAGAGAAUGGAGGAAGGAAAGAGGAGGAACAUCAUGUCAAAAUUGAGGAAAACGCUCAUUCACAGUCUGAUGGUAUUUUGAAAAGGAGAGACAAGAAUCAUUUCACCUGCACUCAGUGUGGAAAGAGUUUUGGAAGAAACGGCAAUCUUAGGAUUCACAUGAUGAUCCACACUGGAGAGAAACCAUUCACAUGCAUUCAGUGUGGGAAGAGUUUCAACAAAUCAUCAAACCUUAAUCAACACAUGAAAAUCCACACUGGAGAAAAACCAUUCACAUGCACUCAGUGUGGGAAGAGUUUCAACCAAUCUUCAUCCCUUAAUCAACACAUGAGGAUCCACACUGGAGAGAAACCAUUCACAUGCACUCAGUGUGGGAAGAGUUUCAGCCAAUUAUCCCACCUUAAUGAACACAUGAUGAUCCACACUGGAGAGAAGCCAUUCACAUGCACUCAGUGUGGGAAGAGUUUUAUCCGCUCAUCAUCCCUUAAUCUACACAUGAGGAUCCACACUGGAGAGAAACCGUUCACAUGCACUCAGUGUGGGAAGAGUUUUAACUGCUCAUCACACCUUAAUCACCACAUGAGGAUCCACACCGGAGAGAGACCAUUCACUUGCACUCAGUGUGGAAAGUGUUUUAUCCAAUCAUCAUCCCUUAAUCAACACAUGAGGAUCCACACUGGAGAGAAACCAUUCACAUGCACUCAGUGUGGGAAGAGUUUCAGCCAAUCAUCAUCCCUUAAUCUACACAUGAGGAUCCACACUGGAGAGAAACCAAUUACUUGCACUUAAGCCGCGGUCACACUGGACUUUUCUCCCCAUAGACUUCCGUUCAUACGCAUGCGAAUGCGUCAGACCGGAAAUGCAAGUUUCGCAGUUCACUGCAUUGCAAAGUAACAAUAGAAACUGUUGCUUCCAGUCCUCAGCUUUUCAAUUCCACUUAAGGUCUCUGUGACCUCUGACCUAGUUUAGUGGCUCCUGAAAAUGGUUACAAAGAGACACACUGAACAUUCUUCAUGGCUAGAUGACAGUUGUAGCGCAGCAGUUCUGAAUGAAACAGCUCCUUUAAACUUUGACUUUUUGAGGGUUUGCAGAGCCAAUAGGAGAGGUGGAGGCAUCGCUGCC